GAGACCAGAGAGAGACCGGGACUGAACCAGGACUGAACCGGGACUGAACCAGGACUGAACCGGGACUGAACCAGGACUGAACCGGACUGAACCAGGACUAGGACUGAACCAGGACAGAACCGGGACCAGAGCAGGAUUACAGCGGGACAAGCCCAGGACUGAACCGGAACCAGGACAAGAAGAACAGCAGCACAAGAAGGACAGAGGAGACGAGGAGGAGCAUGGAGAGACAGUGACAGGAGAAGCGUUUCCAUGGCGACGGUGAGCAUAGGAAGUUUGAUGCUCCACUUCCUGUUGGGUCUGUUCCUCGUUGCUCCCGAAGGGGGCGUCGUCUCCCUGGAGCUGCUCCCCUCAGACUCCAGAGUCGUCCUCGAACAGAACUCCAACUACACCACGGUGUGCUCGGGCUGGAGUGAUGUCACCUGGGCGUUGCCUGGAGACGGUGUUGUGGGCGUGUCCGUGGAGGACCUGGGCUCCUCCUCCGUGCUCCGCCUCUCGAACGCCACCUGGAGACAGUCCGGGAGAUACACCUGCUCCGAACCGGACUCGGACCAGAGCCGGACACUGGACCUGUUCGUGCCCGGGACAGGUCCGUCGGAUUGGUUCGUGCCGUCCUCUGACUCGGUGGUGAUGCGUCGGACUCGGGUGGCGCUGGUUCCGUGUUCCGUGUCCGAUCCGGAUCUGGAGGCGGAGCUUUGGGAGCGCUCGGGGUCGGACAGGAUCCCGGUGAGUCCGAUCCGGUUCGAUCCGGCCCUGGGUUUCACGGCGGAGCUGAACGACUCGUCGUACGUGUGCAGCGCUCGCCGCGGCCAGCAGGAGGCGCUGUCCCAGGUCUUCUACGUGUACAGCGCCGUCGGUCCAGAGGAGCUCCUGGUGGACCUCUCGUCGUCGUCUGUGGUCCUGAGGUCUGGAGAUCCUCUCAUGGUGAACUGCACCGUGUCCGAGUCUGAGUCUGUUUACUUCACCUGGGACUUUCCCCGACAACGGCACCCGGACGCACAGGCGGUGGAGCCGCUCACAGAAUUCAUGAUCAACAAAGUACGAUCCUUCAUCAACAUCUCUGACAGCAGCUCACAGGACUCAGGUCUGUACGUUUGUUCUGUGGAGGAGUCUGUCCAGAAGCAGAAGGUCCAGAAGAGUCUGAACAUCACUGUCCUCGAGCGAGGCUUUGUGGACUUGAGUCCGUCUGAGUCGACCGUGGUCCAGUCUCUGCUUCACCACACGGUGGCACUGUCGCUGUACGUCCGAGCUUUUCCUCCUCCCAACAUCACCUGGACCAUCGCCGCGGCAACCAACUCCAGCAUCAUCUCCACGGCGACCUGGGAUCCCAACAUCACCACGGCAACCAUCUCAACAUCAGCAUCCACCACCAGACUCUCACACACCAGGUUUGUGAGUGUGCUCAGGUUGGAGGAAGUCCAAAUGAACCAAACAGGAAGUUACGUCGCCACUGUUUCCAAUGACGAUGACAUCAAAGAGGUGGAGUUCAGGCUGGAGGUCAGAGCGCCCCCUCGGAUCCGCGCUCUGUCAGAGGUGGGCGUGGCCUCUGUGCUGUGUGUGUCUGAGGCAGCCCCGCCCCCAAAGAUCACCUGGCUCACCUGCCCCCCUGAACUCAGGUGCAGUGACGACGGUUGGACAAACGUUUCUGUCGAUGCGUCCAUCAAAGAAAACUCCACAGAAAAACAGGGACUCACUCAGGUCCACAGUGUUCUGACCCUCAGGUCGUUAGACUCGGUGUCUGGGGUUCGAUGUGAAUCUAAAAACUCAGUGGGACGUCGAGCCUGGGACAUCAGACUGGUCUCCUCCUCUCUCUUGUCUCAGGUGAAGGUUCUCGCUGCAGUUCUGGUUCUGGUGGUUCUGGCCGUGAUCUUCCUCAUCCUCCUCAUCAUCCUCUGGAAAAAGAAGCCUCGUUGGGUUCUGGGUUGGCGUUUGCUCGACUCAGUUCCUUCAGACGCUCUGGACUCUUCAGUGUCGUUCUGUGACUCUGAGCUGCCGUACGAGCCCCAGUGGGAGGUGCCCAGAGACCGAGUCCAACUGGGUUCUGUGUUGAGUUCUGGUUCUUUCGGGAGGAUCCUGGAGGCUUCAGUUCUGGGUUUGUCUGGUCCAGAGUCCAGCUCCAAAGUCACGGUCCUGAAGGCCAAAGGUGGCGCUGUUCACUCUCUCCUCUCAGACCUGAAGAUCCUGAUCCACGUUGGUCCUCACCUGAACCUCCUGAACCUGAAGGGAGCCUGCACCAAAGGGAGCCUCAUGGUGAUCUCAGAGUGGUGUUGCCAUGGAGACCUCAGCUCGUACCUGAAGAAGCACAGAGACACCUGCAGCUCUGGCCCCGCCUCCUCCCACAGUGACAUGUACAUGGACCUGAGCUCUGAGCCUCAGUACGUCGCCAUGAAGCAGCUGUGUGUCCCUCAAGAACCAGAGUACGAGCUCCUGCACAACACAACGCACAACACAGACCCACAGGGGGCGCUGUCUCCAGACGACCUGUCUGUGUCAGAUCUGCUCUUCUUCUGUUUCCAAACGGCCAGCGCCAUGGACUUCCUGUCACAGAGAAACGUGGUGCAUCGGGACCUCGGCGCUCGGAACGUUCUCGUGUCUGAAGGAAAAAUUCUGAAGAUUUGUGAUUUUGGUUUUGGCCAAAACCUGAAAGAAAGAAAAGAGUACGAGAAGAAAGGAAACGCGCGUCUCCCGGUGAAGUGGAUGUCUCCAGAGAGUAUCUUCCUCUGUGUUUACACGACUCAGAGCGACGUGUGGUCCUACGGAGUCCUGCUCUGGGAGAUCUACUCUAUGGGAGAACUUCCGCACUCGGACGUUUCUGUGUCUCAGUUUUGCUCUGACCUGAAAAACGGAAAACGCCUCGAAAAACCAGAGCUCGCCCCGGAAGAAAUUUUUGAGUUGAUGUGCGCUUGUUGGGAGCAGAGUCCAGACUCCAGACAGACGUUCUCGUCUUUGGUCGAGUCUCUAGGAAAAAUGUUACCUGCCCAAAGUCUCCAGAGAUACUCGGCACUGAAGGAACAGUUCCAAAUCCAGACUGAACCAGGACCAACCCAGACCAGGACUGAACCGGGACUGGACCAGGACCCUGCCGCUCGUCAGGUGACUGUACACCUGUCGGGGGAGGAGCCACAGACGACAGGCCCCGCCCACUCUGAUGACAUCGAUGCUCUGAGUGAGGUCACUGUGGAAACGAGAGGAGACGCUGCGCUGGACGCAGACGACAAGGACAAGUCGGAUCUGUCUGAGGAACAAGAAGUGACCUCGUCGGUACAGCAGGAGAGCUGCCUCUGAUUGGUCCGUUUGAGUAUUCUGUAUGUUUUUGUGUUAUCGUAGAUUUGAGCUGUUUUUGUAUCGAACGCUUUGGUUUUUACCGAAUAAACGUUUCACCUGCA